GAAAAAAAAACCCAUAAAAAUAUUCCUGAAAAAAGCACCGUGCACCAACGCACGUUGCUUGAUGACGUCAUCGCGCCGAGCUGCCUCGUUUUGAUGUCACCGCGUUACGCCGGUGUCUUGGCGUCACCACGCAAAGACACCGUGUGGACGGGUCUGGGAAACGUAAUUACGUCAUCGCGCCAGCACGGUGUCGCGAUUAGUUGAGCCCGAUGACGUCAUUGAGUGAACAAGAUGACGUCUUCACGCGCCUUGGCGAAUUGGGGGGGGGGGGAAGAGCCGGGGUGGAGGCGCUGUCGUUGAAUUUGCCCCGGGAACGCUCGCCCUGACGUCAUCGCGCCGACGUGACGUCAUUCCGCGUCGCCGCUGUGUGUUGUUUUGCAGUCGAUGCGUCCCGAGUGAAGACGCGAACACCGGCCCUGCCUUCGUCUCGGCGACGGUGAAUCGAUCAACAAUGAGCGCUGCCGACACCGCCGCCAUCAACGGGGGAGAGGCCCUCGUUGAUGUGGGCGGGGCAGCGGACCUCGGGGAGGGCGUGGCCACCCUCAAAGGGGGAGGGGCGAUCACCAAAGAUGGCGGGGCCGUGCUCGGAAUGGGCGAGGCCAUGCUCAAAGAGGGCGGGGCCAUGCUCAGAGAGGGCGGGGCCGCGCUCGGUAUGGGCGUAGCCGCGCUCGGGGAGGGCGGGGCCGCGCUCGGGGAGGGCGGGGCCGCGCUCGGAGAGGGCGGGGCCGCGCUCGGAGAGGGCGGGGCCGCGCUCGGAGAGGGCGGGGCCGCGCUCGGAGAGGGCGGGGCCGCGCUCGGAGAGGGCGGGGCCAGCGACGCCCCCUGGGGCUUGGCGGAGGGCGAGACGGCCCACCACCAACACCACCACCACCACCACUACCAAUACCACGGCGACAACCACGGCGGGCCGCGAGGGGCCGGCGGAGCGGCCUGGGGCGGCCAGGGCCGCUUCUACGGUGUGGGGGGAGAACCCACGGACGGGGGCGGCGCGCCCUGGGCCCCGUCCUACGAGCUGGGCUUCGCCGAGGCGAUGAACCAGCGGAUGAGGGUGCCCGCGCGCCUGCACGUCAUCGCCGGGGGCGCCGAGGUCGACGGGGACCCCGCGGGGCUGCCCGGCGCGCUGGCCAUGCGGGUGCCUGACAGGAUCGUCAUGGCCUGUGAGUUGUUUUUGCCGGGGUGGCCGGUGUCGAAGCUGAACCGGCGGCUCCAGCGCGUGGAGACGGAGGCGGCUGAACGUGCCCAGCGUGACCUCCUCCUGUACGGCACCACGCUGGCGCUGGCGCUCAUCAACACCUGGCUCUGGAUGCGCCGGUAG